ACCAACACCAAAUGUCGAUACGUUUCUUGCCAAUACAAGUGCUUGGACUGUCGGCUGUUGUCCGAGAUGGCGGGGCUUGGUGGAAAAAAUAAAAAAAACCGCCCUAGCUAGAGACCAGCGAGAUAUCACUUCACACAGGGCGGCAAUGAAGAAAGACCAAUCUCAGUGCCAGUGCGUUGACUUAUCUCAAGCCAUUGGUUGAUUGGCUCAUCGUCAUAGGAUCGCUUCUCACCCAUUCGGAAAGCCAUCAAGUAGGAAUCUGCAACCAGGAACCAUCCGCCAUGAACGGCCUAGAAAUCUCCCCCUUCAUCGCUGCCCUCCCCAAGGUCGAGCUGCACAUCCACAUCGAGGGCACCCUCCUCCCGGCCCUCCGGUGGAAGCUCGCCAAGCGCAACAACGUGCCCCUGCAGUACGACACCUACGAGGCGUUGCUGGAAUCCUACAAUGUCUUCUUCAACCACCGCCCGGAGAUCAACGGCCGCGUGCCCGGCAUCCCGACCUUUCUCGAGGCUUACUUCGCCGGCUGCGAGGUCCUCAAGACCGAGGAUGACUUUUACGAAAUGUCCAUGGACUACCUCCGCCGCUGCGCCGAGAUGAACGUCCGCUACGUCGAGCCCUUCUUCGACAUCCAGGCGCACACGCGCCGCGGCGUGCCCGCCGAGGACGUGCUCAACGGCUAUCUGAGGGCCCAGCGCGACGGCGCCGCGCUGCACGGCGUCCGGUCCAACUGGAUCUUCUGCUUCAUCCGCGACGAGAGCCUCGAGGACGGGCUGGCGGCGUACGAGACGGCGAGGCCGUGGGCCGCCGGCACUGUCGAGGGCGGAAAGGGCCUCUUCCACGCCGUCGGCCUUGCAAGCAACGCCUUCGAGAGGCCGCCGAUGCUCUUCGAGGCCGGGUUCCGCAGGGCCAAGGCGGACGGCCUGCACGUGACGAUGCACUGCGACUUCGGACAGAAGGACACCCACGAGCACGUCCGCGAGGCCAUCUUCGAGGUCUGCGCGGGGCAGGGUGCCGAGCGGAUCGACCACGGCCUGGACGCGGCGGACCGCGAGGAUCUGCUGCGCGGCCUGCUGGACCGGGGCAUCGGGCUGACGCUGUGCCCGCACGCGUACCACCGACGCACGCCGACCGAGGUGCUGUUCCCCAAGAUCCGGGCGCUGUGGGACAGAGGCGUCAAGUUCUGCAUCAACAGCGACGACCCGGUGUACAUGCACGACGUGUGGGUUGACGGGAACAUGCAGAAGGCGUACACGUACUGCCGGUUUACCAAGGCGGACAUGGUGGCGCUGGCGAGGAACGGGGUGGACAUGUCAUGGGCGAGCGACGAGGUCAAACGAGAGCUUUACCGGGAGCUGGACGCGGUUGACGUCUCCGAUUAAAUUCAGGCUUUCUUCCUGAAGGAUCUCGAGAACCAAGUGAGUUUGCUACUGCGUGUGUACAUUGUAGGGGCGGAGUAUGACACGAGUGCUGUCUUACAGAGCAUAUGUCCAUGUCCAUAUGCUCAGUAUUCUCGUUUGUACUCUGUGGUCUCAAUCGUAAUGAUUUUCUUCUUACUAGAAAUAGUAGAAAAUUGGAAUCUCUAGUGGAAUU